GCUCACAGAUUUGAAAGGAGCUCUGUGUGUCUUCAUGUGCGAGGUAAAGGGGUGGGGAGAGUAUAAAAAGGGACUGCCAUCACUUUGACCAUCCUUCUUUGAGACGGCAAACAGACAAGAGGGAAAAUAAAAGCCCACAAGAACUUCACCAGGCGUGAAACUAGGCCAUCGGAUCAUUAGGUGCGCUCACAUACAAACAUGCCCUCCAAACUGUGGCUCGUUCUUUCACUGUGGCUCGCGCUGCCAACCUCUGAAGCCGGAAGGCAGAUGCCCAAACUCUCUGACAAGAAACUCUGCGCUGACUCCGACUGCAGCCAUCCCAUCUUGAUAGCACGUGCGCUGCAGGACUACUACCCUGGAGACUGCAGGUUCAUCCCGAUCAGACAGGGGCAGCUCAUCUAUGUCUAUGGAAUGCUGAGGGACAGAGGAAACCUCUUCUGGGCCGGCAUUGUACAAGACUCCUAUUACGGGCAGCAGGAGGCUCGCAUUGGACACUUCCCCAGCAGCAUAGUGGAGGAGACUCAUCCUCUCAUGCCAGCCAGCACCAUAGUCAAGACUACUAAAUGGGACUUCUACUGUAACUGAAGUUGCCUUCAACAUUAAAGAGGACACCAUGGUAGUGAACUACAAGACAAGAUAACGUGCUUUGAGUAACAUGUGACCAUACAUGCAUAGAUGAUAAUAGCAAGAGAUGUUGCUGUCAGUAGUCACAACUAAGGUUUCAAAUCAAUGGCUGAAGAAAGAACCAUUGCUGUUAAACGCCAAGAUUUUAUUUUUUGGGGCUAUUUUCUGUAGUACUGCAUUGUGCUGUUUGUAUUUGUUUGACAGGUAUCAAAAGUAUUUGUCAAUGUGUUAAAGUUAAAUACUGUGUUUUUUAAACACAAAUACACAACAAUUAAUGCAUUUUAAGUAUACACACUUCUUCUUUCGCAUGAUGACUUUGCAUCACAAUAAAUACAAUUAAAUUUAAUAAAUGGCUACCAUAAAGCAGAA